UGGAACUCUAGUCGGUUUCCCCAACAAGGCCAUAUAUACUACUUGCAUAGGCAUAGGUUGGGUCUCAAAUCUCAAUCAAAAACUCUCAGUUUCUCUCGCAAUUUCUUGAAAUUGUUACCAUAUUAGCAUCCUCUUAUAUACGUUGUCUUUCCCUGUUGCUCGUUGCUUUCCAAGUAAACAUUCAACCAUGCCUCUCAACUUCUCCAGAACUUAUGGUUUCCAGAUAUGGCAGAGGCCAGGCCAACCCACCAACCAGCAACAGCCUCAGAUUGAGGUGGACGACAAGUCCAAUGUCUUCCUCAUCGAAUUUCACAUUACUAAGGUAGAUCAGCGGAAGAACUACAUCGGCAACAGCCAAGAACCAGUGUCUUCCUACGAAGACACUAAAUCCUAUACUGAAUUGGUAUUUCUUUCCAAACGUGAAGUGAUGUCGCAAGAUAUCAAUGGUGGUUGCUUGUGCUCUUUGCUUAGAAAGUUCGAGAUCCCAGUGGAAGAUCAUGGUACUAUGAUUCGACAAAUUGUUGGAUUGGCCGGGACAUCAACGAUGCCCAUUGUUGUGGACAUAAUACACGUGUACUUGAUGGAAAUAGUGGUGCAUAUUGUGGAUCUGGUGCGCGAAUAUUACGAUACCAUAAUUUUGGACUCCAUGGAGACUUAUGAGCCUAAGUCCAUUCCAGCGACUAAAUCUUCUGUUGAGGCUUUGGAGAAGAUUAUGUAUCAGCCGAGUUCAAACUCGAUUCAAGAAUGUAGCAUCUGCUUGGAAGAGUUUCGUACAGGUUUCGUAGUCACUCGCAUGCCGUGUUCACAUGUUUAUCACGGAAACUGUAUCGCCAAGUGGUUGCAGACGAGUCACUUCUGUCCUUUGUGCCGAUACCCAAUGCCACAUUAUGCCUCAUAGAGCUUUUGGGUCAAUGUUGUUUCUUUGUAUAGAUUAGUUGUUAAUUGAAGUUUGUAUUUUUUUAAUAGUAGCCGUUAUGAAAAAUUUUGUACCAAGAUCUUGAA